UUAUUAAUAUAUACAUCUUUAGAACUUAUACAUAAAGACUUGUGUUAGUGAUUCAGAACUAUUUUCACUUAAAGGAGUUUUUUAGAACUUGCUUGCAACAUGCAGCAUGAAAUGGAGUCAGAUACUGAAACCGAUAACCCGCAGUUUUGCUCGUACAGUUCUCCUCAGUCACAAAACUACCACCGAUCAUACGAGGAAUACGUCCAGACCAAUUCCAGCGCAUCCGCGAUGUCAACUACCCGCUCUCUCUUGGGAGAAUCGCCUGUCCAUCAUCAUCAAGACUCUAACCACUCAACCUCAGCUGCAAAUGCGUCAUCAUCUACUACCGGGACGAAUUCAUCCUCGAUCAGUAAUCCCGGAAAUACACUACUUCCAAGUGUUUUAUCAGACCAGAGCUGGUCCGAUCAAACGUACUCAUCUGCCGACUACUCUAGAGCUUUCGAUUAUAAUAGAUCGCAAUAUGACGCACAUCAAAUUCAACAGCAGCAGGAAUAUCGUCAAAUGUCGCAGCAGUAUGCGAAAUGCUCAACAACAAACUGCUAGAGGUGUUGUAGUCGGUUACAGCCCUACGGGGAAGGUUCCUGGAAAUAACGCUCAAACUGCUGCCCAAGGAAGGGCAGCAAAAGAGGCCAGGAUCAGGAGGCCUAUGAACGCUUUCAUGGUAUGGGCAAAAGUGGAAAGGAAAAAACUUGCUGAUGAAAAUCCAGAUCUACACAAUGCGGAUCUCAGCAAGAUGCUUGGUAAGAAAUGGCGCUCUCUAACUCCGACUGAUCGGAGGCCUUACGUUGAGGAAGCGGAACGUCUGCGCGUCAUCCACAUGACAGAACAUCCAAACUACAAGUACCGUCCACGCCGUCGCAAACACGCUAAAGGUCGCACGGCCCCAGGAUCGGUUCCUCAAACGCCACAAACACCUGAUCAUCAAAUGGCCUCAGACCAGCAACGAUUCCGGUUGCACAGUCCAGGUGGAUAUGUUCCAAAUAAUAACAAUCCUGGUGAUAUGUCACCAGGUUUGGGUUACUCUAGUCCAGGCUUAGACUAUGACUAUUCAACAAGGUUGAGCGUAAACAGUCCCCUCUCUAACCAGUACAUGUCUCCGUAUCAUCAGGGUUAUUUAAGUAACGGAUACACUGGUUAUCCGACAAGUAAGGGCUAUGGAAAUAUUCUACAUACGCCAGAAUCAUCUCCCACUCAGUCUCCUGAGCCUACCUCCAGGUCUAAUAAAGACGAGAAAUUAAUGGAGAAGAAACAACCCGAAGACGCUUUACCAACGCCUGAAAUGUCUCCAAUGGAGCAUGAAAAAGAAAACGCGGUUACCACCUGUCAAUAUAAUGACGAUAAACAAAGACAGUUCCAGAAAUCUUAUAGAAGUUCUGUAACAUAUCCAAAUGCUUCAGGAUCAACAAUAGCUGCGAUGGGUGUAGCAAACGGCAUGUAUGUAAUGUGCACAAAUAGAGGUUUGUUGGACCAAGGACCAGUAGUAACUGGAACAUUUUUUCCACCGGUAGCAACUUCUCAGGAUCAUCAACAUCUAGGAACAAACACUCAGGCUAUAAUGACAAUGCCUUCAAUUCAAUCAACAGCUGAAUACGAUUAUUUCUCAAGUUAUCCAACACAUCAGUCUCAAGCUCCCCAGGCUCAGCAUGUCUUGAGCAAUGGGUACGAAUCAGAAAAACAAUGUCCACAAUACGCUACUGUGUAUCCAGAAUCUAACGACUCACCGGAUAGUGAAGUCGACGCAAGGGAAUUUGACAAAUAUCUUAAGUAUGGUGUAUCUCAAAAUGUAGCCGACAGCAACCACAAUUAUCAGGAAAUAGUGCAACCGCCAACAUAUCAUUCAGAUCCGUACUAUCCAGGCCCAGAACUGACAACAGAAUAUCACACGGUUAAUGAUGGAUUCCAUUCAAACGCAGGUUCUUACUAUGGAACCGAUAGAAUGUAUUACGACCCUGUAUUACCAAACGGUCAAAUUAUUGUACCCAGUACACCUCUGAAGAUGGAUAUGUUGCCACCUGUCAUGAAUCAAUAUGCUGGCGAAUUUGUAGCCCAGGCUGAUGUUCAAGCCUUAAAGGGCGAUGAUGACUUUAGCGUGAUUUUGGCUGGUGUUAGAAAAACGUGUUAUAGCAAUUGA